AUGACGAGGGGGGCCUGGUUUAAAUCGCUCCGCUGCAAGUCUAAGGCCGUCGACGACGUCGUCUACCCUGCGCCGCCACCGCCAUCUUCGUCGUCGUCCAGGAAGCAGCUUCUCUCCGCAGCCUCCUGCGCCGAUUCCUCCCGCGCGGUCAAAGACGCCGUCUUUCUCUUCCCCAAAUACCAUUCCUCUUCUUCCUCGCUCCCCAAGAAGCCGACGAGGCCCCGCCAAAAGGCCAAGAAGAGCUCCUACCUUUCUCCCUCUUCGUCGCCGGCGGGGGGCCGGGCAGUGGAGCCCGCUACGCGCCGCACUGUAGGCUUCCCGACGCUCUCGGAGCUUCCGGCGGGCCACUCGUCCCGGCGGGUGGUGGAGCUCAUCUUCCUCACCAGUUGGUCCUCCUCCGACACCGCCGCCGCGGCGUUCCCGGGCGAGAUAGAGAUGCUCUUCCGGGUCCACAACCCGGCCCGCACGCUGGCCCGCUUCGAGGAUCGCCGCGCGGCGGCCCGCGCCCUGUCCGCCGACGCGCGCUGUGCCGCCGACGGCAACGAGAUGAUGCGGUUCCACUACGGCCCCUCCGGACGCUGCGGCGGCGUGUACGACGCCACGGUAUCAUGGUCGGCGCAGGGGAAGCUGAAGGGCGUCCGGACCUUCUCCGGCAGCGGCGGCGCGCACGCGUGCGGAAGCGGCGGCGCCGAUGUCUCCGGCCGCAGCGCGAUGCUGCUGUGCCGAGUCAUCGCCGGGCGAGUGAGGGGCGAGGCGGACCCCCCAAACUCUUCCGAGGCCGACUCGGUGAGCCUGGGCAACGACGAGCUCGUGGUGUUGGAUCCCCGGGCGGUGCUCCCCUGCUUCCUAAUCAUCUACAAGAUCUGA